AAGUAGGUGAGAGCAUCCCACCGACAAUGGCACAAUAAACCCAAUGUCCAUUUGGUGAACAACCCACCUGAUCCCUUUCCAAACCCUAAUUCUGCUCAACCUCCAUCCAACAACUUUUAAGCCCAUUUCUUAAUUACUCUCCCCAUUUAUUAAUUCAACCCAACCAACAAAAAGCUCCAAGCCUUCAAAGCCUCCAUCCAAAAACUCCGAAAAAUAUCAAAGAUUUUGCUCACGAUAAUCCUCAAGAAAUGGCUAGUGGCAAGCAACUUGUUGUUGAAGACAAGCAGCGUGCCGGGGCCGAGAUCGUUUACGGCCCCGAAGAUUGCUACCGGCAGUCCAUAGACAUGCUACAAGAGCUAGGGUUUCCCAAAGGUGUCCUCCCCCUGCAGGACCUCGUGGAGUGCGGGAGGGUCAGAGAAACUGGGUUCGUGUGGAUGAAGCAGAAGCAACCCUACGAGCACUUCUUUGAGGGGUCCAACACACGUGUCAGCUACGCAACUGAGGUGACUGGGUACGUGGAGAAGUGCAGGAUGAAGAAGAUGACUGGGAUCAAGAGCAAGCAGGUUUUUCUGUGGGUCACCAUAUCUGAGAUGAGCGUUGAGGAUCCGGCGGGGAAGAAGAUCGUUUUCAAGACUCCGAUGGGGAUCGGGAAGUCUUUUCCGGUCACGGCGUUCAUGACGGAGGAGGAGAAGCAGAAGUAUUUGGAGAAGGUUGAAUGAGGUUAAGGAAAUUAAUUGACGGUUUUGAGGUGAAUUUGUGGGGGUUAAUUAUAUGGUUAAAUAAAAAUUUAUCUUUUUUAUUAUA